AUGACAGGUGUUUGCUGCCUGGUCCUGGUCGCGCUGAGCCUGUGGCCAGAUAGAGCCGCUGCCCCGGGGCCACCUCCCGGCCCCCCGAGGGCUUCGCCAGACCCUCGGGCCGAGCUGGACAGCGCCGUGCUCCUGACGCGCUCCCUCCUGGCGGACACCCGGCAGCUGGCCGCACAGCUGAGAGACAGAUUCCCAGCCGACGGAGACCACAACCUGGACUCCCUCCCCACCUUGGCCAUGAGCGCAGGAGCGCUGGGCGCCCUGCAGCUUCCCGGCGUGUUGACGCGGCUGCGGGCAGACCUGUUCUCCUACCUGAGGCACGUGCAGUGGCUGCGCCGGGCGGGGGGCCCUUCCCUGCGGACCCUGGAGCCCGAGCUGGGGGCCCUGCAGGCCCGGCUGGACCGGCUGCUGCGCCGGCUGCAGCUCCUGAUGUCCCGCCUGGCCCUGCCCCAGGGGCCCCCAGACCCACCGGCGCCCCCACUGGCCCCGCCAGCCUCAGCCUGGGGCGGCAUCCGGGCUGCCCACGCCAUCCUCGGGGGGCUGCACUUGACCCUGGACUGGGCGGUGCGGGGCUUGCUGCUGCUCAAGACUCGGCUGUGACCCACCACCCAGAGCCAUCAGCAUCCUUCACUGCCAGACCUUAUUUAUUUAUUUAUUUUGGGACUGGGGGCGUGGCAGCCAGAGGACCCCCCUUCCCCAUUAUCUCCCCCUAGUUAGAGACAGUCCCUCCAGGAGACCUGAGCAGGGACACCUGUGCCUUAUUUAUACUUAUUUAUUUCUGGGGAUGGGUGGGAGGCAGGUGGACUCAGGGGUCCCCAGUGGGAGGGGACUAGGGUCCCUGAUUCUUGGAUCUCUAAGAAGUCAGGCCGCCGUGUCUCCCUGGCCCCCAC